AUCGUUUAUCAGCUGACCAGUGAACACAUUGAUAAUACAACUUGGAAAUAAUCAUUAUUUCCUCUUUAAUUUCUGGAUUUUAACCAAUUUCAGCGUUUUGAAAAUGGCCUUACACUCUGCUGCUAAAGGGAAACUGUUGGCUGUGAUCGGUGACGAGGACACCUGUGUUGGAUUUCUGCUUGGAGGUGUUGGUGAAAUAAACAAGAAUCGCAAUUCCAAUUUCAUGGUCGUUGACAAGAAUACGAGUGUCAGCGAAAUUGAAGAAACUUUCAAAAACUUUGUGAAACGUGAUGACAUUGAUAUCAUCCUGAUUAAUCAGAAUGUGGCAGAACUGAUCCGACAUGUUAUCGACUCACACACGCAGCCAAUCCCUGCUGUCCUGGAAAUUCCAUCAAAAGAUCAUCCCUAUGAUGCUAGUAAAGAUUCAAUUCUCAGAAGAGCCAAAGGAAUGUUCAAUCCAGAAGAUAUUCACUAGUGAAGCGAAGCCAGCAUGCUGUUUGAACUUUAUUCUCGUUUUCUAGGCAAUCUAAGGAUCCUAGAUCGUUGUAUAUUACUUUUUUUUAAUGGAGUAUUUUUCAUCUUUCCGCUGAGGACUUACUUCGAUCCAUAUCUUUCACUUUUUUUUGAAAAGGAGAAAGAAGUUUCAUUGAACAAAACAAUACUGCAGUUUAGGUCUUAAAAAAUAAAUUAGAUGUACUUGAGACAAUGCCAACGAGCAACAGAAGUGUUCCUCUGACAUCAUCCAGAGAAGUUUCCAUCCUCCAAGGAAUUAUCACAACUCCUGUAACUUUAUGCGGAGACAUAGGUUCUUUUCCAUCAAUCAUUAAGGUUAAAUACCGUGACAAAGUAGAAUAUUACACAUUUUAGCGUGAAGAUUCGAUCCAUUUUUUGUAUUUUGGCCUGAUGUCUU